GGGAACCGCGGAUCCCGCAGCUGCAGGAGGCGCCCGGCCCCGCGGAGCAGCUCUAGCCGCCGCCGCCGCUCUCGCAGCUCUCGCCGCCACUGCCACCGUCACCGCGUCCUGGCUCCGGCUCCCGUGCCCUCCCGGCCGGCCAUGCAGCCCCGCCGCGCCCAGGCGCCCGGUGCGCAGCUGCUGCCCGCGCUGGCCCUGCUGCUGCUGCUGCUCAGCGCGGGGCCCCGAGGCAGCUCCCUGGCCAGCCCGGUGCCCGCCGCGCCCCUAUCCGCGCCCGGGCCAUGCGCCGCGCAGCCCUGCCGGAACGGGGGCGUGUGCACCCCGCGCCCUGAGCCAGACCUGCAGAACCCUGCCCCCGCCGGCGAGCCUGGCUACAGCUGCACCUGCCCCGCUGGGAUCUCCGGCGCCAACUGCCAGCUUGUUGCAGAUCCUUGUGCCAGCAACCCUUGUCACCAUGGCAACUGUAGCAGCAGCAGCAGCAGCAGCAGCAGCAGCAGCAGCAGCAGCGAUGGCUACCUCUGCAUUUGCAAUGAAGGCUAUGAAGGUCCCAACUGUGAACAGGCACUUCCCAGUCUCCCAGCCACUGGCUGGACCGAAUCCAUGGCACCCAGACAGCUUCAGCCUGUCCCCGCUACUCAGGAGCCUGACAAAAUCCUGCCGCACUCUCAGGCAACCGUGACAUUGCCUACCUGGCAGCCGAAAACAGGGCAGAAAGUUGUAGAAAUGAAAUGGGAUCAAGUGGAGGUGAUCCCAGAUAUUGCCUGUGGGAAUGCCAGUUCUAACAGCUCUGCGGGUGGCCGCCUGGUAACCUUUGAAGUGCCACAGAACACCUCAGUCAAGAUUCGGCAGAUGCCACUGGCUCACGGAUUUUUGCUCUGGAAGGGGUACCAGGCCAGGAUUUCAACCAGGUUGCUCCCUAUAGAUGGACGAAGUGUGAACCCCCCCCUUCAGGCUUUCGGGGAUGGUCCUCCUGGAGGGAAGAUGCUCACCUUGGAAUGUAGCCAGCAGUCCUGUCCCGAGCUCUUCCUGGGGAGGGACGGCCAGGUUCCUAACCAUGAUAAAUCAGCUCCACCUCCACACCGCCAGCUGCUUCUCUUACAAAACUUUUUCAUCCUUAAGAAACAAGAUGAAUUAAAAGGAAUCCAGAGAUUAAAAGGCCAGAUCCUGCUACUCCCUAACUGCCCUCCUGUGCCAUCUUGUUACUGUCUGACUGCCAGCUCCUGUGACUGCUUCCUGGCCAUGUGGAGCAGCCAGGACCUGGCUCCCUGUGGAAGACUCAGGGUUACAGGGAAGAGAUGGGAGGAGACAGGAAAAGCCCAUGGGGAGAUGCAGAACCAAACUAGUAAUUCACCUCUUGAUGUUAAUGAUUUUGAGAUGAUGUUGCAUAUCAGGAGAUUAAUCAGAAGAUCAAGGAGCGCCUAUUCAAUAUUAGAUGAACUGUACAGUCCAUUUAGGGUCUACAUGAAUUCACAUUGCAAGGAGACACUUGACAAUUUCCUUUUGCCUCAUUUUCUUUUAGGUUUUGUGAAUGAUUCUGUGACUAAGUCUAUUGUGGCUUUGCGCUUAACUCUGGUGGUGAAGGUCAGCACCUGCGUGCCGGGGGAGAGCCACGCAAAUGACUUGGAAUGUUCAGGAAAAGGAAAAUGCACCACGAAGCCAUCAGAGGCAACUUUUUCCUGUACCUGUGAGGAGCAGUACGUGGGUACUUUCUGUGAAGAAUACGAUGCUUGCCAGAGGAAACCUUGCCAGAACAACGCGAGCUGUAUUGAUGCAAAUGAAAAGCAAGAUGGGAACAAUUUCACCUGUGUUUGCCUUCCCGGUUAUACCGGAGAGCUUUGCCAGUCCAAGAUUGAUUACUGCCUCCUAGACCCAUGCAGAAAUGGAGCAACGUGCCUUUCCAGUCUCAGUGGAUUCACCUGCCAGUGUCCAGAAGGAUAUUUUGGAUCUGCUUGUGAAGAAAAGGUGGACCCGUGCGCCUCGUCUCCUUGCCAGAACAAUGGUACCUGCUAUGUGGACGGGGUACACUUUACCUGCAGCUGCAGCUCGGGCUUCACAGGGUCGACCUGUGCCCAGCUUAUUGACUUCUGUGCCCUCAGCCCCUGCGCUCAUGGCACGUGCCGCAGCGUGGGCACCAGCUACAAGUGCCUCUGUGAUCCAGGUUACCACGGCCUCUACUGUGAGGAGGAAUAUAACGAGUGCCUCUCCGCUCCAUGCCUGAAUGCAGCCACCUGCAGGGACCUCGUUAAUGGCUAUGAGUGUGUGUGCCUGGCAGAAUACAAAGGAACACACUGUGAAUUGUACAAGGAUCCCUGCGCUAACGUCAGCUGUCUGAACGGAGCCACCUGUGACAGUGACGGCCUGAAUGGCACGUGCAUCUGUGCACCCGGGUUUACAGGUGAAGAGUGUGACAUUGACAUAAAUGAAUGUGACAGUAACCCCUGCCACCAUGGUGGGAGCUGCCUGGACCAGUCCAAUGGUUACACCUGCCACUGCCCGCAUGGUUGGGUGGGAGCAAACUGUGAGAUCCACCUCCAGUGGAAAUCCGGGCACAUGGCAGAGAGCCUCACCAACAUGCCGCGGCACUCCCUCUACAUCAUCAUCGGAGCCCUCUGCGUGGCCUUCAUCCUCAUGCUGAUCAUCCUGAUUGUGGGGAUUUGCCGCAUCAGCCGCAUCGAGUACCAGGGUUCUUCUAGGCCAGCCUACGAGGAGUUCUACAACUGCCGCAGCAUCGACAGCGAGUUCAGCAAUGCCAUUGCAUCCAUCCGGCAUGCCAGGUUUGGAAAGAAAUCCCGGCCUGCAAUGUAUGAUGUGAGCCCCAUUGCCUAUGAAGAUUACAGUCCUGAUGACAAACCCUUGGUCACACUGAUUAAAACAAAAGAUUUGUAAUCUUUUUUUGGAUUAUUUUUCAAAAAGAUGAGACACUACACUCAUUUAAAUAUUUUUAAGAAAAUAAAAAGCUUAAGAAAUUUAAAAUGCUAGCUGCUCAAGAGUUUUCAGUAGAAUAUUUAAGAACUAAUUUUCUGCAGCUUUUAGUUUGGGAAAAAUAUUUUAAAAACGAAAUUUGUGAAACCUAUAGACUACGUUUCAAUGUACCUUCAGCUCCCUAAACUGUAUGCUUCUACUAGUGUGUGCUCUUUUCACUGUAGACACUAUCACGAGACCCAGAUUAAUUUCUGUGGUUGUUACAGAAUAAGUCUAAUCAAGGAGAAGUUUCUGUUUGACAUUUGAGUGCCGGCUUUCUGAGUAGAGUUAGGAAAACCAUGUAACGUAGCGUAUGAUGCAUAAUAGAGUAUACCCGUUACUUAAAAAGAAGUCUGAAAUGUUCGUUUUGUGGAAAAGAAACUAGUUAAAUUUAUUAUUCCUAACCUGAAUGAAAUUAGCCUUUGCCUUAUUCUGUGCAUGGGUAAGUAACUUAUUUCUGCACUGUUUCGUUGAACUUUGUGGAAACAUUCUUUCGAGGUUGUUUUUGUCAUAUUCGUAACAGUCGUCGAACUAGGCCUCAAAAACAUAUGUAACAAAAAGGCCUAGCGAGGCAAAUUCUGAUUGAUUUGAAUCCACAUUUUUCUUUAAAAAGUCAAGGGUUUUAUAUUGUGAGUAAAUUAAAUUUACAUUCGAGUCGUUUGUUGUUAAGAGGUAGUAAACAUAAGAGAGUACUGGUUCCUUCAGUAGUGAGUAUUUCUCAUAGUGCAGCUUUAUUUAUCUCCAGGAUGUUUUCGUGGCUGUAUUUGAUUGAUAUGUGCUUCUUCUGAUUCUUGCUAAUUUCAAAGAAUAUUGAAUAAAUGUUAUCAAGUCAAGGA